GCGCAUAAAAUAUCAUGUAAUAUUGAAUUUUCAGAUAUGAAUUUUAUAUUAAUAUUUGGAAAUAUCUUUUAUCUAUAUAAAACAAAAAUAUCUUUUACCUAUAAAGUAGAGAUUUGGAGUUCUGUUAAAGUUCUUUAUAUGAUAAAAUAUAAAAAAAAAUUUCUAAUAAGUCAUUUUUAAUAUUUUAUCAAUUAGCAUUUUGCACACAUCUAACAUAAAUACGAACGAAUAUAUUUUUGUAAUUUGAACGUAAUAUGCUGGAAUUUAUUUGAAUGUAUUAAAUUUUUAUUAAUGAAAUAUUUAAAAAUUUGCAAAUAAUUUGAAUUUUAAUUCGAAUAAUAUUUUUGUUUAUUGAAUGUUUUCUUCUGAAAUGAAGAAAAUUACAUUAAAUUAAUGUAAUGAUUUUAUUAUUUCUUUUUUUCGUUUAUUAUUAUAUUUAUUUCGUUAAAUAUUUUUUUCUAAGAUGAAAAAAAUUGCAUUAAAUUAAUGUAAUUGUUUUCUAUAUUGUUAAUAUUAUUAAUAUUCAUUUAUUAUAAUUUUUUAAUCGUAUAUAUCACAGCGCAAUAAUCAUCAAUGCAGCUUCCUGUUAAUAAAUGUACAUAAAUAAAUAAGAAAUUGUCAUAAAAAAAUAAUUUACUUCUUUCUAGAUGUGAUAUGUGAAAAUUUCAAAUAUAUAUACAUAUAUGUACAUAUAUAAUAUUAUAUUUGCGCCCUCUUUUAAAUUUUAAACUGAAAUUUAUUAACUGAACAUAAACGCCCUCUCUAAAACUUUACAAUUCUGUUAAAACUUAUCCAAACUAUAAUUGAACAUGUGUGAAUUUACCGGAUACUGUCUAUAAUAUGAUACUAAGAGGUCAUGCCGACAGUUGUAUUUUAUAUUACAUUAUUUCUGUAAUUAAAGAAUAUCGAAUACAAAUCAGUGAAAGAAAAAAUUGAAGAAAAUGUCAUUUUAUUUACGUUCUAUUCCAAAUAAAUUUACAUCUUUUGUUAAUAUUCGAAGACAAAUAACUGAUAUUAACUAUCGGCCACCAAAAAAUGUUAAAUCUUUGUUUUUAGAAGAGUUUUUAGAUGCACAAACAAACUCAAUAACAAAUUUCAAAGAAAAGCCUUUGAAUUCAAUGGCUUAUUUGUCAAGGCAAAAUGUAUUAUUUUCUUCCUUUAAUAACAUUAAAAGUUCUAAAACAUUAAAUAAGAAACAUAACUGGACUAAACAACAAAUGAUCAAAUUAUAUUACCAGAAACAAAAUAAUAUUCAAAUACAAAAUGUAACCAAUUCAUAUUUAACAUAUACAUCAGUAUUAAAAACAGAUACACAAUGGGAAAUCUCACCUGAACAUUUAAAAAAUAAAUAUAAUGUACCAUUUAAAGAAAUGGUACCAGCUAAAAGAAUAUUUAAUAAUGAUGUUUUAUUCAAAUCUGAAAAGGAUAAGAUUUUUUAUGCAGAAAUUUCUCCCAAUGUAAAAAAUGUAAAUGAAAUGCAAACUUCUGAGGACCGUAAAUCAUUUGAAACACAAUUACAAUCUGUAUUUGAUGUUCUUCGUAAUGAUUUACCAUUAUUGUUUGUUCAAUCAAUGAAUUAUUCAAUAUACACAAAAGAUUUAAUAUUUAUUAAUAAUAUUAAAGGAACAACAACUAUAGGUAUUGAACAAUAUCUUAAGCAAAUAGCAUUAUUAAGAUUAGUAGGUCAUUUAAAGUUUGCUUAUGUUAAGUUAAAAAUUUUAAAAAUGACUAUGCACCCAGAAGAUAAUAGUAUUAAAGUUCGUUGGCGUAUAGUAGGUGCCUCUGGUACACGUGUAUUCCUUACAUUUUGGAAAAUUAAAAUAUUUAAUGCAAGAGAACAGGUAGAAAAUAAAUCAGCGUGGUACGAUGGUUUUUCUACAUUUUAUCUUAAUAAUGAUGGUAAAAUAUUUAAACAUGUUGUUGAUAAAACAAUGCCUGAUCAAAAUAUAGAAGAAAAAAUUAAAAUACCUGUUGAAGCAAAAUUGGCAUUAUUUAUUGCUUUAUUAGAUUCAAAUUUUGUUCGGUUUUGGUUAAAACAAUAUCCUGAAUUUCUUCAAAUAAAGUAGAAAUUUAUUAAAAUUUUUUAAAUUAUUGCACUGUGUAAAAAAAAAAAUAAAUAAAUAUUGAAACUA